GAAAGGCGUUUGUUUACCUUACACUGCUAAGUUGGUUAACCAUUACCUAUUUUGCCAUGUUUUCUUAUGGAUCAGUGAUAUGAACAGGACACACACUACAGUCUGAAAUGCAACAAGGAGAAGUGUUGACUGAGAUGAGUUCCUUCAUGACCUCCUUUCAUUGAAGACAGCUUUGGUUAUUUUUAUCAUGACUGAGUGGAGCACACCACACUUGAAAGUGAUUCUUAUCGGAAACUCUGGAGUGGGGAAAUCUUCAUUUAUGACCCGAUUUGUUGACCAUCGCUUUACUAAAUUGUAUCGUGCCACAAUUGGGGUAGAUUUCCUUGCUAAAGAAGUCACUAUUGAUAAAAGAUCAGUGAUUCUUCAGCUGUUUUUGCACCAGAUCUGGGACACUGCAGGUACAGAGAGGUUUCAUUCCCUGGGUACCGCACUGUAUCGUGGAGCUCACUGCUGCCUCCUAGUGUUUGAUGUUACCUCGUCCGUCUCCUUCGACGCACUAGACGUCUGGAAGAAAGAGUUCCUGGUGCAGGCAUUUCCUUCUGACGCCACUGCCUUCCCUUUCAUAGUGCUCGGCAAUAAAAUUGACUUGGAUCAUCGUGAGGUGUCCCCAAACAAAGCCCAGCAGUGGUGCAGUGAAAUCGGAGCUGAAUAUUUUGAAUGUAGUGCCAAGGAAGACGUUGGCGUGGACACGACCUUUCACAGUGCAGCACGAGCUGCCCUGCACUCAAAAGCCACCAUGUGGAGAAUGGAGAAGACAUCCAGAUUAUACAGAAACAACAGGAUAAGAAGCCAAAUAAAAAAUGCUAUUGUUGAAGCAAGGACAAUCUCUUGGGCUACUGUUCUGUGUUUAAGUCAACAUUAAAUCAAGUUAUUUUUU